AUGGAAGCAUUUACGCUGGAAGUGGUGGUUGACUCCAUCCAGGGAUGGGGCCGGCGCGGCUCAGUUCAGGACACUGACAAGCAGCGGACAAGGCAUGAGCCCGCCCUGGUCUUGAGACUGUUGGAUUUGGACCCAGUGAUGAUCGAGGCAGAUUCCUCGACAGCAAUGCCCAGAGGAUUUGCUUGUUUCAACGGCAAGGGCAAGGCUUUGACAUUCGAACUUCCCCGUGGGAUGCUUGAGCAAACUCUGCCGUUAUGGCUCAUGGCCUUAGACUUGCAGCCUGUGGACCGUGACUCUGAUGCCAGGAGAGCAGUGCUGAUGUCAUCUUCUUGCAUCAACUUGGCCCACGAGGUGGCCAGGGCAUUGUCGCAGCGGAGCUGUGCAGCCCCUGUGCUGUUCCAGCGCCUUCGUCUCAGGACAUUGUGUCUGGCUUUCGCAUCUGCGAGUCCGUGUGUUGCUGGUUUAUGCUCACCCUACGCUUUGCUGGACGCUUGCUAG